AUGGUGCAGUGUCGUCCACCGUUGGAGUUGGAAGAAUUGCCAAAAGAAGACGAAGAAAGGCUGGAGAAAUUGUUCUCUAAACUAGACGCUGAUGGAAAUGGGAAGAUCGAUAUACACGAUCUAUCCGUCGCCCUCAAAGAACUGGCUCCACACAUAAAUCGGAGUUACGCAGAGAAAUUUUUGGCAACAACAGGCAAAGAUGCGGGAGAUGUCACCCUCUCAGAAUUUAUUCACUAUGUUCGCGAACAUGAAAAGAAUCUUAAACUACAAUUCUCACACCUCGAUAAGAACAAAGAUGGAAAAGUUGAUCUGGAAGAGCUUAUCUCAGCGUUCGCUGAUUUGGGUAUUGCAAUAGGACGUAAUGAAGCAACAAAUUUGUUGAAACGAAGAGCUGUUUGGCCAAAAUUAAAGUGGAUGGAUCAAGAUGGCAGCUUGAACAUAAGUUAUGACGAAUGGCGAGACUACUUACUAUUGGCUCCGGCAACGGAUAUACACGCCCUCAUUAGCUUUUGGAGGCAUUCAACUUACCUGGACAUCGGGGAGGACAUGAACGUACCCGAUGACUUUACACAGAGUGAAUUACAAACGGGAAAGUGGUGGCGCCAUCUCUUGGCCGGAGGAAUCGCUGGUGCGUUCAGUCGGAGUUGCACUGCUCCUCUUGACAGACUUAAAGUAUUUUUACAGGUGAAUCCGACCAGAGAGAACAUGGUGAAAUGCUUAACUAGAAUGAUUAACGAAGGUGGUAUUAGCGGCCUGUGGAGGGGCAACGGAAUAAAUGUGAUCAAAAUUGCGCCAGAGUCGGCCAUCAAAUUCGCCGCAUACGAACAAGUGAAGCGGCUGAUAAAAGGCGAGAAAAAGAACCAUCCGCUCGAGAUUCACGAGCGAUUUAUAGCUGGCGCGACGGCCGGUGCAAUUAGCCAAACUGUGAUCUACCCAUUAGAGGUGCUAAAGACAAGAUUAGCUUUAAGAAAAACGGGUCAGUACCAAGGUAUUCUUGAUGCGGCGCGGAAGAUAUACGCGAGAGAGGGGCUCAAGUGUUUCUACAAAGGAUACAUUCCAAAUAUCUUGGGCAUAGUGCCUUACGCGGGCAUCGACCUUGCGGUGUACGAGACUUUGAAGAAGAAGUACAUUAGUAAAUACCAAGCAAACAAUUCUCAGCCGGGCAUAUUAUUGCUGUUGGCGUGUGGAAGCGCGUCGUGCACGCUAGGUCAAGUGUGUUCCUACCCUUUGGCCUUGGUGCGGACCAGGCUACAAGCUCAAGAGAGAUCAGCAAAGGGCGCCGAGGGCACAAUGAGUGGCGUGUUCCGCGACAUCGUCCAGCGAGAGGGCUUCCGAGGGCUGUACCGGGGCAUCACCCCCAAUUUCAUCAAGGUCAUACCAGCCGUGUCCAUCUCGUACGUCGUAUACGAGUACGCCAGCCGCUCCCUCGGAGUCAACAUGACGUGA